AUGUCAUCCUCCUACCUCCUGCUCGCUUUGGCUUGCGCCGCUCUUGCCGUCCUAAGCAACGCAGCGGAAAAGGAAUUCUGCGCGGCCCUGGGUCCUUGGAAUGAGGCCCUUCGCAGCGAGAUCCUUGGCCAUGACGAGUUCGUUGGGAAACUGAAGAAGUUUGACGCCGAGCACCAGAAGGUCGUCGCCGCGGCCAAGGGCAGCCCCGACCUCGAGAAGAUCACGGAUUGUCUGCAGAAGAAGCUCGACAAGGCGAGGGCCGACGAUGGAGAGGCCGGAAAGCUGCCUUUGGGCCAGCCCCAAUUCGAGAAAGUGCGCGACAUCAACUCGGCCCUUUUGGAGCAGAGCUUGGCAUGCGUCAAGGGCAAAUGCGGAAAGUUC